GUUAUACACACACACACAAAUCUUGUGUGCAUUCUUCAUCCCCCCCCCCCCCCCCCCACCCCCACCCACAAGCAAAAAAGGGCCCCUCACCAAAACACGCACAUCCCUACUUUAUAAACCCAUUUCAUUUCUCAUCCUCCCACACCCAAUUUUCUUUGCUACAGCCAUUCCGCUCACGGGUAAGAUUUCGUACAUCUAUUUUUUUUAUGAGAUUGAGCAGUGAUAAGCGAUUCAUUCAUCAAAUCUAACACACAUAUCGAAUUUGUCCCUUUUUGAAAGUUUCGUGCCAUCCUCUUCGUUCUAGUUACGGAUAAGGUUACACACAUUUGAUUGUUCUUUUAAAAUCAAGGACCGACAAUUAAUAAGAGAUUCGUCCACAAACCAAGAUAAAGAUUGUGUGCAUCUAACUGGUGUUCUCAAAAGAGACUCGAACACCAAAACUGCCAUGGGAAACUAUGUGUCAUGUACUUUUAUUACCCCUAUAAUGAAAAGCUCCAUGGCAGCUAGGGUGGUAGUUCCCGGCGGUGAAAUACGGCACAUUCGGGAACCGGUGAAGGCCGCCGAGCUCAUGCUGGACUGCCCAAGCUUCUUUUUGGUUAACUCUCGAUCUUUGAACAUUGGUAAAAGAUUUUCAGCUCUCUCAGCCGAUGAAGACUUGGAGUUUGGCAACGUGUAUAUUAUGUUUCCGAUGAAGAGAGUGAAUGCUGUAGUUACGGCGGCCGAUAUGGCCGUGUUAUUUAUGGCGAUCAACUCUCCUGCUAAACGGAUUUCCGGUGUCAAGGUGGGAGUUUUACCGGAAGCGACAGCUGUGGCCGCGGAAAGAAGAGAUAGUUCGCCGGAAAGUGAUGUCGUCGGAAGGUCGGGACUGAAUUUGAGUGACGUGGAGGGUUUCCCGGCGCCGGAGUUCAGGCACAGGUUAUCAAUGUGUAGGUCAAAGAAGCCCCUGUUGGAGACAAUUACAGAAGAGCCAGUUUGUUCAAGAUGAGAGAGGGUGUUUCGCAGGGGUAUUAUAGGAAAGUCGUGUAGGCAUUUUUUUUUUUUUUAGGAAAAAAAGCUUUAGUGGAGAAAUUGGGGGUGUAAUUAUCGAAUUUGAAUGAAAAUUUAUGGAGAAAAGCUGGAAAAUAUUUGUAGAAGUCAAUGAUACAGAGGAUGUAUUUGACCGAGUAUUGUUAUGUUUACUAAAUUUUAUAUAUUAAAUAUUGUUGGUGA